AUGGCGGGCUGGGCCCGGGCGCGGGCCGCAGUUGGGAUGGAGUUUGGGGGAGUUUUUAGAGGUUUGAAGAGAGUCGGCGGCGGAAGGAAGCGGUUGGGUGACAGCGGGGGGGGAGUGGGAGGGGGAAGUGAUGGAGUUUGGGUGGAAAAUGUCCAUGAAGGCAGCCCGUUGGGGGAACUUCAUCGCUGUGUCCGAGAUGGUGUAAAAAUCAAUGUCCAUAUCCGCACUUUCAAAGGGCUUCGUGGAGUCUGCACAGGGUUUUUGGUUGCAUUUGACAAGUUCUGGAAUAUGGCCCUUACAGACGUGGAUGAGACGUACAGGAAACCAGUAAUGGGCAAAGCUUUCUACACAGAACCUCAGCUUACACUAACCCGGCUGUUUGACAGACUCAAACUGCAGGAGUCCUCAGUAAAGAGGGGAGCUGACUCAAAGACUGUCUCAGAGGAGCUAGCCCUGACGAAUGACUCUCAGACACUGGGACUGAAAGUUGGAUCAGGACGAGCGAGAGCAGAUGAUGAUCGUGAGAGGCAGAAACGCUUGGGCAGAGGAGAAAAGAAGAUGCCAAGUGACAGUUUGCAUCUGGCUGCCAGAGGUGAAGCUGAUGUGGGUAGCGGGACUGCCCACACAGAGGGUGCCAGUGCUGGUGCUACCCGUGCAAGAAGCCAGUCACGGAGAAAAAGGCGGCCCAAAGUGGAUUACCAACAGGUGUUCACACGUCACAUAAACCAGAUUUUCAUUCGAGGAGAGAAUGUCUUGCUUGUCCAUUUAGCACAUUGA